AUGGCGGGGCUGCCCGCGGCGCAGUGCUGCUUCGAGCCUGGAGGGGGAACGGUACCGCGCGCGUCGGGGCGAGCACCGGUACAGAGCACCGGCACAGAGCACCGGCACAGACGGAGCCCCGCCCGCCCGAGCGCGCACGGCCCGCGGAGUUACGGGCGGGCCGGACCGGGCCCGGCUCCCCGCGGCGGACGGAGGACGAGAGCGCGGGGGAGGGGGGCGCGCCGCGGCCCCGGGAGCAUCAAUACACGGGGGGUCCGGGGGGCGGCGGGGCCCGGCCGCUGUCAGCGGGGAACGCGCCGGGAGGGGCCGGGAGCGCCGCCGCCCGCAACAGGUACCGGGCCCCGGAGGGCACAAAGCGGGCGGCGGGGGCCCGCCCCGCUGCUGGAGCUCGGCAAGAGGGACGGAAACCCGAAACCGCGCGGAGAGCCAACGGAGACCCGAACUCGACCUCCCCCCCACCCCCCGCGACCACCACCGCCCGCAAAAAUUAAUAAAAACCGACAAAACACGCCCCGGCCCCCUAACGACUGCCCCGAACUGGAGCCCGAAGAGACAAACAGCGCCGAGCGCGAACAAAACCCACCGAGCGCACCGGCCCGGGACUCGCACAAACUUUUCACGCCGCCCGAGGGGGGGCGGCUCCCGGCCCGGCCGCACAAAGGGAGCGAGGCCGCGCUGCGGGUCCGCACCGCCCCGCCCCGCACCGCUCCGCACUGCCCCGCCGAGCCGCGCCGAGCGCCGCACCGCCCCGCACCGCGUCGCCCCGCACCGCCGCGCGCGCAGCCCGCGCGGGACUCCAUGUUUUGCGCCGCUCCGGCUGCGCUCUUACCCCCGGGCCGCCGCCGCCGCCGCCUGGGCCCUUGCAUGGGCAGCGCCGGGGUCGCGCCGCCGCCGCGCCGGGGCCGCGGUCGGGGUGCGGGAGGAGCCCUCCCGCAGCGGCGGGGCCGGCGGCGAGCGGCCGAGGCGCCCCGAAAAGUUUGCGGGCCGCGGCGGUGA